AUUAAUUUAAAAAACUCGGGAGAUUUACAGAUUUCUCUUUUCAACGGUACUAAAGUGUCAGUUUUUCACUUCCUUCAGUUUCUUGCUGCUAUUUGGCACUAUGAAGACUGUUCAUUCGGCCGAGGAAAUUUUAGAAAUAUGCAGAACUCCAAAUCCGAAUCAAAUUCUGAUGAAUUUGUGCCGUGAUUACCAACAUGAAAACCUGCCAGAUAUAAUCCAACUUCUUGUGCGGAAUGGAAUCGACCUAAACUGCGAUGAUAAACUUGGAUCGAAAGCUUUCCUCUAUUUGUGCGGGAAUUACAAACACGACAACUUGAUCGAUAUCGUCCGCAUUUUGUUGCAGCAUGGGGUUGAUGUAAAUUGCAAGAACAAGGACGGAUCUAAUACUUUACACCUCCUAUGUCAGUUUUACGGGAAACGAAAUCUGAUAGAAAUAAUUCAGCUUUUAAUCGAACACGAAAUUGACGUGAAUAGUAAAGACUGGACUGGGAACAACGCUUUUCUUUAUUUGUGCGCCUAUUAUAAAGAGGAAAACUUGAUUGAAAUUCUGCAGUUACUAAUCAAACAUGGAAUAGAAAUAAACUACAGGAAUCAUUUUGGAGAAACCCCAGUUCACCUCCUUUGUACUCUUUAUAAAGGAAGCAACCGAAACGAAAUACUGCAAUUGAUUGAAAAAAAUAAACCUAUGGAAAUCAAAGGAAACCGCAACUGUUGUUUGAUGUAAAACUAUUUCAUGGGCGAAAAAAGCAACGCUGGAAGUAAAUCGAUUUUCAGUUCAUAAAUUUAUGUCACCUUAUUAUUAUAUCACAUUAGCCUAAAUCGGAAGAUCCUGAUAUUUGUUUUUGAAUUAUCUCUGUUUGCGUUGAUACAACCUAUUUUCAGUGAAAAAAGCAAUACCGUCUGUAGAUUGAGACAUUCAAAUACAAAGAAGUACAAAUUUUC